AUGGAACAAUUCGAAUUUACUUGGUCAGUUACUUAUAAAAAAUUUCUUAAAAUAAAAUCAAACGAAAUAUUAACUAGUCCAAUAUAUCAACAUACAAAAACAAAUUCAAAAUGGUUAUUACAAUUAAUACCACGAAAUGAUGCUUAUUCACAGAGAAGUAUUGGUCUAUAUGUUAAUUUGUAUGAUGGUGCACCACUCAAUGUGAAUUUUUAUUCAUUAUCUCUUUUAUCUCAUCCCAAACGUUCACCAAUAUUUACCAAUAAAUGUACAUUAACAAGACCAUUUUCUACAAACGGAUGUACAUGGGGAUUUGCUUGUUUUGUUAAUCGUUCAACAUUUAAAAAUGAAAAAAAAUUAAUUUGUGAUGAAUCCAGUUGCGUCUGUAUUCAAUGUUGUCUUAUCAUAGAACUUAAUCAAGUUGUGCUCGAUUAUAUACCCACCAGUUCAUCAUCGUCAUCACUCAUCGAACAAUUAUUAGAUUUAGCUAAAACGUCUAAAAAUAAUUUCAUUAUUUCAUUAUGUGAUGAUACUUUAUCAUCAGCCAAACUAUUCAAUGACAAAACGUUAGAUGAAUGGACGAUAUUAUUGAAACAUUGUGGGGAGAAUGUUAACCUUCCAAGAUUAUCAAAUAGAAUUAAUGAACAAUUAGAAUUAACACAGAAUACAGAUGUGCGUGAAGAUACACUAAAUAAUCAUUCUGUGCUUGUUUAA